CAUGAAUCAUAAUAUAUUAAUUUAAUGUAUUAUUAAUAAAUACUUAUUUUACUUUUAUAGUAUGAAACAUGAAUAUUGAACACUUCAGUUCGUUUUAUUGUCUUGUUAAUUAGUUUUAAUUUAUCAGUAAUUUUAACAGUAUGUAGACACUAGACAUUGGGCAAUAGGCAUAUUAUUCUUAAGUAUUCUUGGUUAUCAUUAUUUAUGAUGGGAACAAAGUUUCUUAUGGUUAUAAUCAAAUAAUAUAGCAUUUAGAAGUAAUGUAAUUCAAAUUAGUGUAGUUAGAAACUUACAAUAAUGAUGAAAUUAGUUAAUGAUCCUUGUGGUAUAUUUUGCAUAUUAUUCACCUAUACUUCAAUCAUAUACGCUGACUAUGUAGUAAUACAAUGGGUUGUUUUGCACACUAUGCAAGACAGCUUAUGGGCUCCAUUUCACAUAGUGCUUUUCAAUACAUUUCUUUUGCUAUUGACAGUAUCACAUUUACGAGCAAUGUUUUCUGAUCCUGGCACUGUACCUCUAUCACAUACUAACGUUUCUUUUUCAGACUUACGGCAAGUUAAUGAACCUUUAGUGAAAAGAGAAGAUUGGACUAUGUGUACACGAUGUGAAGCGUAUCGGCCACCCCGAGCUCAUCACUGUCGAAUUUGUAAGCGCUGUAUUAGACGAAUGGAUCAUCAUUGUCCAUGGAUUAAUAAUUGUGUUGGAGAAAAAAAUCAAAAGUAUUUUGUCCAAUUUCUUUUUUUUGUUUGUAUUAUUUCUGCAUACACUAUCAUGUUAGUUAUCAUGUCAUGGGUACGUGAAUGCCGGCAGUGCAAACUAUAUGAUAUGGAUACAAGACAAACACAAGUAUUACAUUCAGUAAUUUUAAUAAUGGAAAGUGCUCUUUUUGGUAUGUUUGUUAUUGCAAUUUUGUAUGAUCAAAUGGAUGCUAUUUAUAGUGAUCAGACAACAAUUGAACAAACAGUCUAUAAACGUCCAAAUCCAUUACAUAGAUAUAUCUUUUCUGUUAUUUGUCGUUGGCCAAAAAUAUCUAGAUCUACAUCUAAAAUUAAUAUUCGAUCUGUAUGAUUUGUUUAUUGUUAGGUACUUUACAUAAUUAAUGUCAAGACUAGUUAAGUUAUUAAAUAUUGAAAUUCAUAUUAGCUAUAGGCACAUUAUGUUAUGCAAGUAAUUCAUUAUGCAAAGCAAUUUAAACUUUGCGUUAUUAAAAUUGAUUAAAAACACAAAAUUAUAAAAUAUUUUAAU